UUCUUCAUUUCACCUCCAAUUCCAAGCCUCCACAAAGCUAACCUUCACCUACACAACUCCAAACCCAAUCAAUAAUCAAUCUCAAUUCAUUUUCAUACACACGCGUUCAAAUCACGACCCAAUUCAAGCGCGUGAACAAACCCACCACCAUCCCGGUGAUAUCCACCCACCUUCUCAAACGCGAUUAUCCAAAAAAGCCAAUCGGAAAAUUUAAUCAUAAUCUGCGAUGAGCGACCAACUACGGUUACACAACGUGCGUUCCACUGCACAACUUCUCAAACAAGCAACCUCAUCAUUCACCUCAAAUCUCUUCACAUUCCUCUUCCUCUCUCUCUUAAUCUUCUCUUUUCGCACCGUCGUUGAAAACGGUACCUCACGUUUCAUCUCCUUUGUCGACGGCGAUCCCUCCGUUAAAUCUCUACUUUCCCGUCUUGACCUUGCCGGUAACGCCGUUAACGCUGCUAAUUAUCAACACCGUCAACGUUCUUCUCAGUUUCAUCCUUCUCCAGCUGCUCUUCGCCGUCGUCGUCCUUUUCUUCAUCUCACUCGUGUCGGAACCCUAGAUGAUGAUUUCUUCUCCGGUGAUGAUGAUGAUGGAAGGACUCUUUUUGGAUCGAAUUCUAAAGCUCCGGUUAAUGGUAGCGUUGUUGAUUUUGGUCCAUUUUCUCUGGAUUCGGGUUUCUCCGAUCUUGUUGCUGAUAAUGGAAUUAGGGUUUUUCAAAUUGUUCGUUCUGGUAUCACGUUGAAGACGGAAGAUUCUGAAAUUGAGGUAGAAAAAAACGAGAAUGAUGAUAAAGAUAUUGAUGAUGAGAAAGAUAAAACGAAAGAGAAAGAAGUAGAAGAUGAAGAGGGAAAGAAGAAGGAGAAGAGUGAUAUGGGGAAUGGGAAAGAAGAGAAAGUAAAAAGUGUUGAUUUUCAAAUAUUUGUGAAUGGAAUUGAGAUAAGUCGUCGCGAUACGACUUUGUUCUUUGUUCUUCUCGGUUCAUUAUCUGUGGCUUAUGGAUGGGUAAUUAUGGUUUUUCUUGUUACGUAUUCGUGUGUAUUAGGUGUUGUUGUUGUUUCAGUUGUUAAUGAUCUUGUAGGAAGGUUUAGUUCAACUACUGGUGUGGUUUGGGAUGGUUUUCAAUUAGGUUUGAAGAGGAUUUCUGCGGUUGUUUUGAUAAGGUGGGCUGUUAGGGAUGCAGUGACACAGCUUGUGGGAAUAUGGUAUUUUUCUGAAAUUGAGGAUCAAUUUUCGUUCUUUAAGCUAUUUGUUCGGUUGAAAUUGAUGCCAUUUUCAGUUAUGUCGCCUUGGGUUACUGGUUUUGAGAAGGAAAUUUCUGGGUUUUUGGUUACAUGGUUUCUCAUGGAUACAUUUGUGACGUUUAUAUUCUCUGUGGAUUUCUGGGUUGCUUUGGAGGAUUUUAGGAGAGGUAGUAAGGAGAUUGUGAAAGAAGGGUGUUAUUUGUUGUCUUCCAUGUUUUAUCAUGCUUUUCUGAUCAAAUGCUUGGAAGCUGUGCUUUGUGGAUCGUUAAUGAGGUGGUUUUUGGCUCGAAUUUGCGGGAAAGUUUUUGCCAAGAUGUUUCAGUCUACCAUGGAGGUUUACUUCAUGGUUGCUUGGCUUGUGUUUUAUUUUGUGGCUAAGAGUAGGGAUGCCAAUCAACAGGGUAGGAGGUUUGGGCAAAGGGAAAUUGAGGGCUUAAUUGAUGGGCACAGAUGAUAAUUUGCUGUGGUUGGAUUGACGGUUUUAUUGUGCAGGUUUUUGAUUGGGAAUGCACAAUCAGCUGCAAUGUUUUACAGGUUUAUGUCACCUACUUUUGCAGUCACUGUUGGUCAUCGCCACCAUUCUGUAGUUUUGUCAUGCCAUUAGAUGUGUUGAAUGUAGUUCGCCUCAAGGCCAAGAUAGUUCUUGUGUAUAUUCUAAAUGAGGAUGCUUCAUAUGUAAAUUAUUCGUUGCAUCAUUUAAAUAGCGCACACAAUGUGUUGGUGAAUGGUGAUGAUAGUCUGUAGUCCCAAAUUACAAGGUUUGAGAAAUGAAGAAGAACGUUGAUGAUUUUUCUCCAUGCAAUAUGGAGUUAUAUGUUGUGAUGAUAAAAGUAACCCUAUAGCAAUUUUGUUUGUCGGUGCUGUAUUAUAUUUUGUAUGUACAACUAGUGGCAUAAAUGGACAUCAUCUACAAGAACAAGGAAAUGCACUUGAAUCUGCAAGAACUUGCAAAAUUGUUGUGAGUUAUGCAUUUAUAUUUCUAUUUUUAGAAAGUGUUCAUUCAGGCUAAAAUAGCAUACGUCUGUUUUGUAUGAUUACUAAAAUCUUUUGCCGAAAGGCCUCUUUGUUUGCUGUACGUAUAGAAUCAUGCAGGAAUUUCAGAAAAUAAGUUUUGCAUCAUGUAGUUACUUUGACAGUUUGAAUGAUAGGUAAAAGUUCAAGUUGAUAACAAAA